UGAAGAAUUUUUGCGCAUCGUGAAAUGUCAUUCUAAACUUAAAUUUUAUCGUCGAAAACUUACUUAGCGAUAUACUUGCUGUGAUUUUGUGACCACCUCGAUUUGAAAACCUAAAAUUAUUUAAACAUGGCCGACAAAGCUGUGUCAACAAUGGCAAAGCCUGAAAUGCGAGGGCUCCUCAACAAAGUGAUUAAGCGCAACCUGAUAAUUGCACUAGCACUGUCUGGCUUCGCUGGCUUCCUCACCAAGCAGCUGCUCGGCAACCCCCGCAAGAAGCGUUACGCAGAGUUCUAUAGGACGUACGACGCUGAGAAGGAGUUCGAAAUAAUGCGCAAGAAAGGUCUAUUCCAAUCCUGCUAAAUUAAGCGUGGCUAUUAGUAGUUGUAUUAUUUUCUGUAAUUAUGUAUGUGUAAUUUAAAGUAAUAAAAAAAAACAAGAUAUC